AUGGGGCUGGCUGGGCCCACAGAGGCCGCCUCCGGCAGGGCGGAGCUGGGGCAGAAGCAAUAUCAAACAGGAGUUCGGAAGACUAACACCCUCGAUUCGUUGAGCUUUUGUGAAUCAGAGCUCACUUCUGCUGAGAGCAGAGCGGAGAUGUGCGAAGGAGCCGUGCAGAAGAGCCUGGGAGACAACAGCCUCCUCCCUCGAGAUGUGUGUCGCCAGCAGUUCAGGCACUUCUGCUAUCAGGAUGCUGAGGGCCCCCGAGAGAUCUGCAGCCGACUCCACCAUCUUUGUCACCGGUGGCUGAAGCCAGAGAGGAACACCAAGAGGGAGAUGCUGGACCUGGUGAUCCUGGAACAGUUCCUGUCCAUCCUGCCCCCGCCCAUGGAGAGCUGGGUCAAGGAAUCCUUCCCUUUCACCGAUCCCCACUUCUGUUUCAGGGGCAGGAGAGGACAGCGGAGUGUUACCACAGAGCAGCUUUGCCAGUGUGGAAAGGGCUUUGCUCGGAGUUCAAAGCUUACUGUCCACCAACGUAUCCACACAGGGGAGAAACCUUUUAAAUGCUUGCAGUGUGGAAAGAGAUUUACUCAGAAUUCCCACCUUACUAGACAUCAGCAUAUCCACACUGGGGAGAAACCUUAUAAAUGCUUGUGGUGUGAAAAGGGCUUUGCUAAGAGUUCAAAGCUUACUAUACAUCAGCGUGUCCACACGGGAGAGAAACCUUAUAAAUGCUUGCAGUGUGGAAAGAGAUUUACUCAGAAUUCCCACCUUACUAGACAUCAGCAUAUCCACACUGGGGAGAAACCUUAUAAAUGCUUGCAGUGUGGAAAGAGCUUUGCUCGGCGUUCACAGCUUACUGUCCAUCAGUGUAUCCACACUGGUGAGAAACCUUAUAAAUGCCUUCAGUGUGGAAAGGGCUUUGUUCGGAGUUCACAGCUUACUGUCCAUCAGCGUAUCCACACUGGGGAGGAACCUUAUAAAUGCUCGCACUGUGGAAAGAACUUUGCUGGGAGUUCAGAGCUUACUGUCCAUCAGCGUGUCCACACUGGGGAGAAACCGUAUAAAUGCUUGCAGUGUGGAAAGAGUUUUCGUAGGAGUUCGCAUCUUACUAUCCAUCAGCGUAUCCACACUGGUGAGAAACCUUAUAAAUGCUUGCAGUGUGGAAAGGGCUUUGCUCAGAGUUCAAAGCUUACUGUCCAUCAACGUACCCACACUGGGGAGAAACCUUUUAAAUGCUUGCAGUGUGGAAUGGGCUUUGCUCAGAGUUCAAAGCUUACUGUCCAUCAGCAUAUCCACACUGGGGAGAAACCUUUUAAAUGUUUGCAGUGUAAAAAGGGCUUUGCUCAGAAUGCACAUCUUAUUGUCCAUCAACGUAUCCACACUGGUGAGAAACCUUACAAAUGCUUGCAGUGUGGAAAGAGCUUUGCUCAGAGUGCACACCUUACUAUCCAUCAGCGUAUCCACACUGGGGAGAAACCUUAUAAGUGCUUGCAGUGUGGAAAGAGCUUUGCUUCAAGUUCAGAGCUUACUUCCCAUCAGCGUAUCCACACUGGUGAGAAACCUUAU